GUGCGCACACUAUAAACAUCCUCCGCCUUCGAUCUUGACUCUCCCAUUUCUCUCUCUAUCUCUGAAAUCUGAAAUUCCUGCGGCCUCAGAUGUCAAUGUUGCUUCCCAAAAGCGCAACGCUUUACUCUUCUUCAAAUCAAAGGAACUGCAAUAUCUGUUGAGAGUUUCAAUUAUAUUUAAGUGGUAUUUUUAGGAUAAUGGGGGGUGAGACUGUGACGGAAUCAUGGUUUAGUAGUUUGUGGAGAGCUUCGCGUAAGAGCAUAGGGUCAGAACCUGAAAAGGCUGUGAUUGGAAUUCUGGCAUUUGAAGUUGCAAGUAUCAUGGCUAACGUGGUUAGUCUGUGGCAGUGUCUAAGUGACAGGCAGUUUGUUAGGUUGAAGGAAGAGAUAGUGAACUCACUUGGUAUUGGAAAGCUUGUUUCUGAGGAUAGUGAUUAUCUAAUGGAUCUUGCAUUCACCGAGAUAAUUGAAAAUGUUGGAUGUGUGGCAAAAUCAGUUGCAAGAUUUGGAAAAAGGUGCACAGACCCCGUAUAUCUCCGUCUUGAUCAUGUUUUUGAUGACCCAAAUGAGGUUGAUGUAAAAUGGCAUGGAUGGGAAUACAAGUUGAAGAAGAUGGAGAAGAAAGUUAAGAAAAUGGAAAGAUUUGUUGCGGUGACUGCGCAGCUGUAUCAAGAGGUGGAAGUGUUGGCUGAGCUCGAGCAGAAUUUUAGGAGAUUGCGUGGCAAUGUUGAUAUAGGUCAGGUGAAAUUAUUUGAGUUUCAGCAGAAGGUUAUGAGGCAGCGGCAGGAAGUGAAAACUCUGCGGGAAAUGUCUCCAUGGGUUAGGACAUAUGACUACAUAGUUCGGCUUCUAUUAAGAUCCCUCAUCACGGUAGUCAAGAGGAUCAAACAUGUAUUUGAAAUUAACCAAGUGGCAUCUGUUGAAGAAAACAGUAACUCUGAACAUAUAAAUGCCGCUGAUUGUCUUGUUCGCAGCCAUUCCAUGUCCACUUAUUCGCACGCUUCAGUUAAUCCACCUAAGGGUAGCCUGUCUAGCUUGCAUUCUGGGCCUCUAGGUAGGUCAGUUUCCAAUCUGGGGCUGGGUGGUAGUAAGAUUAGAUCAAAGAAGAAGCAGUCUCAAGCUCACCGCCAAUCACUGGCCCUUCAUGGUAAUCCCUCCUUACUGAGAUCUAGGGGAUUGGCUCACGUUGGACCUUUUAAAGGAUGCAUGACAGCUGGAGGUGAGUCUCCUAUUCUACAGAGUUUCAUGCCUACAAGUACCGACUCUUUAAGAUCAGCCAAUGCUUUGUCAAAUGAUAUCAACAAAACUAAAGACUGCAACUUGUUGCCUCUUUCUUCCAAUAAUGUGGUUCAUACUAAAUUAUCGCCUUUCAUCACCAAGCGGAAAUCACUGAAUGCGCCUCCAUGCACCCUUGGUGCUGCUGCUUUAGCUCUACAAUAUGCAAACGUUAUCAUUUUGAUAGAGAAGCUGGCUUCAGCUCCUCACUUGAUCAGCCUGGACGCAAGAGAUGACCUAUAUAAUAUGUUACCCACAGGCAUCAGAGCCUCCCUACGGGAAAAGCUGAAGUUUGUUGCCAAAACUUCAACUUUAUCUAUCUACAAUACUGCCCUUGCAGCGGACUGGAGUUUGGCAUUGGCAAGCAUAUUAGGAUGGCUUGCCCCGCUUGCCCAUAGCACGAUAAGGUGGCAUUCUGAGCGGAAUUUUGAGAAGCAGCACAUGGUUCCUGGGACAAACAUUCUUCUAGUCCAGACCCUUCACUUCGCAAAUCUAGCAAAGACAGAAGCUGCAAUCCUAGAACUCCUCAUGGGUCUGAAUUACCUGUCAAGGUUUGGAAGGGGCACCGAAGAGAAGGCUCUCAUGGAAUCUGUCAGUGGAAGAGUUUGUGAUGAUUAUAUGCAUCAAAGGGAUAACAUGGUAUACAGUAUGUGAUGAAGGGGAAGACGGUUUCUUAGUACAUGACAACUGAUGGAGUGGAGGCAGAGAGGUCAAUUGCGCAAAGCAUAGAUUUUACGCUUCCAAAUUCUUGCGAGUGACAAGGCGUUUGGCCAUUAAUUAAGGUAAAUUCUAUCUUCUUUUGGAAUUAGCCGCCAUUGAGUUGGCUUGAUUAGUUGACAUAUAGAUUUUGUUUACGUAAUAGAUUAAUUCAGAAGGUUUCACAGCCAUUUCCUUGUAAAUUGUAUUUACUUCAUAUUGUGCCAUUAAGAUUUCUGAAGUAUAUGGAAGCAUAUGCUGGUUCUAUAA